AUGUCAGGAUGGACUCCAAACUAUUACGAAAAGGGAGAAAAAGUGAAUUUGCUGGUGAAUAGAGUCGAAUCAGAUACAACACAAUUGCCAUAUGCAUACUAUGAUCUUCCGUUUAUUUGUCCUCCAACUAAAGAUGCUAGACCUUUACAUCUAUCUCUAAAUGAAGUUAUAAGAGGUGAUAGAAUAUGGGGGUCAGAUUAUAUCCUAAAUUUCAACCAAGACGCCUCAUGUCAUAGGUUAUGUGAUCGUAUAACAAAGCCAGAUGCUAUAAAAAGAGCAGAUCAAUUGAUCAGAAGUGGAUACGUUGUUGAAUGGCAAAUUGAUGAUUUACCAGGUGCAACCACUUUUGUAAGCUCUACUGAUAAUAAAAAAUAUUAUGCGGCAGGGUUCCCAUUAGGAUUUGUUAGAGAUGGUGGAACAUUUAUUCAUAACCAUGUCAUGUUGGUUAUUAGAUUCCAUACUGAAAAGAAUGGUAAACGAACAAUUGUGGGAUUUGAGGUCUAUCCAAGAAGUGUGAAUGAUUUCCAUUGUCCUGGUGCUUCUAAAAACCAUGAUAAUUUUAAACUUGAUCUUGAAAAUAAAGAAAAUGUUGUGAUUCCGUUCACUUAUGCUGUUUAUUGGAGAGAAGAAGAUAAAGUUUCAUGGAGUGAAAGAUGGAACCUAUAUUACACUGGUGAAGUGAAUGAUGAUCAUAUCCAUUGGCUAUCAUUAAUCAACUCAUUAGUUUUGGUUUCUUUUUUAUCGGCUGUGGUUGGUGUUGUCUUGCUUAGAACUCUGAAUCGUGAUAUUCAAACUUAUAACAGUAGUAAUAUUGAUAUAGCUACUGGUAAUAUUGAUAUUGAGAGUGACAAAAGUGACAACUUCAACAAUUCAGGUUGGAAACUAAUCUCAAAUGAUGUUUUCAGAAAGCCUAAAAGACCAUUAUUACUUUCAAUUGCUCUAGCUGCUGGUGUCCAAGUGUUUUUCACAAUUAUUGGUGUUUUGAUUGUUUCCACAACAGGAUUAUUAGGUCCAAAUAUCAGAAACAGUGUAUUGAGUUGUGGAUUGACUUUAUUUAUCAUUGGAGGAACAGCUGCUGGUUAUUCAGGUAUAAGGUUUUAUAAAUCAUUUGUAAAUGAGGUUUGCAUCAAGAAUUAUAUUUCAUUUUCAAUUCUUUUCGGUGGUACAUUACCAUUUAUUGUUUUAAUUUCAGUUUUGAUUUUGAACUGUAUUGUUUGGGCUAAGGAUUCUUCAGUUGCUUUACCAUUCGGUACUGUUGUUUUAUUGAUUACAUUUCUUUUAAUUCUUGAAGUUCCAUUAUCAAUCAUUGGUGGUGUUUUAGGUAAUAGAAAACCACCAGCAAAGACUAAUGCAAAUUUAUCAACUAGUGCAAAAUCAAUUGGACCUCAACCAAAGUUUACAAAGUUCAUUUAUGCAAUUCCGGUCUUUGGAUUAAUUCCAUUUGGUACAAUCUAUGUUGAAUUAUUAUUUGUUUUCAGAUCAAUUUGGAUGGAAAAGACUUCAUUUUAUUAUAUGUAUGGAUUUUUAUCAUUCACCAUACUUUUAUUGAGUGUUGUUGUUGCUGAAAGUGUUAUUGUUGCUAUUUAUUUGUCAUUGAUAUAUGGUGAUUGGAAAUGGCAAUGGAGAUCAUUUUGGAUAGGUUCAAGUGUUGCUUGGUAUAUUGAAGUUUAUUCAGUAUAUUAUUUCUUUAGUCAUCUAAAAGUUACUGAUUUUUCAUCCAUAAUAUUGUUCUUCUCAUAUACAACCAUAUUGAGUGCAUUGAUUGGGUUGGCAACUGGUUCUUUAGGUUUAUUUGCUGCUUCAUUAUUCAUUUAUAAGAUCUAUGGAGCUAUAAAAGCAGAUUAA